AUGGCCGAACCACCCAAGAACGAACUGAUAUCCUCGAAACCCUCUGAUUCUGGCCUCACCGUGUCUCUUCAUCCCCUGGUCCUCCUCACAAUCUCCGACCAUGUCACUCGACACUCGGUGCGAAAUCAGAAGGGCCCAGUUGCGGGCGCACUUCUCGGGCAACAGACAGGGCGAGAGAUUACAGCCGAGCAUGCAUAUCCAACCGAUCUAGUCCAGAACCUUGAAGGAGAAUGGGAGUUCAACAUAUUAUGGAUGGAGUCAAGAACUCAGCAGUACAGGGAUGUCCACAAAGACCCUGCGCUAGACUUUGUCGGAUGGUACACGCUGGCUCCGGAGUCUGGCCCACUGCCCGACUUUCUGCGUCUUCAACAGCAAGCCAUGACCUUCUCCGGUGACACCACGAUUCUGCUCGUAUUGCACCCUGAAGCCGUGGAGGCGGACGGUGCAACAAGUGGAAAACUCCCGGUGACAGUCUACGAGAGCGCAUUUGAGGCCGAACCCCCGAAGGACGACGGCUCGAUGCAGGUCGACGGUCAAGAGAACACGUACCUCCGCUUCAAACCAUUACCUUACAGCAUCGAGACCGACGAGACAGAAAUGAUUGCAAUUGACUAUGUGGCCAAAGGGGCAGGCAGCGCCGCCGCGGUGGACGACUCCAAGGGCCCAAAUUCUUCGGCGGGGUCAUCUGAGACGAAAUCAAACGACAAGAAGGGGAAGAGACGCGCAGAUGCGGUCGAGGUCAACGGGAGCGGUGCAGAAGACGGCCUCGACGCCCUCACGCCCGAGGAACAAGACCAGAUCGCCAACAUGACGACUCGGCUGAACAGCGUCAAGAUGCUGCAAUCGCGCAUCUCCCUGAUGCGCAGCUUCGUCGAAUCCCUGCCCCCUUCGUACCUCACCGACCAGGAAUCAGCCCCCAUCACUUCCGACUCUCCCGACGCCGCCCACCUCCCACACCUGCGCAACAUCCAAGCUCUGAUCACGCGCCUCUCGCUUCUCACUCCCAUGGACAGCGCGGCGUCGUCCCAGCCCCUGGCGGAAGCGACGCAGGCACAGGCCAACGACGUGGCGAUGGCGAAACUGCUCUCCUUACUGAACCAAGACGUCCAGGCUCUUCAAGACCUGGGCCGCAAGCACGCCACCAUCGAAGGCGCCAGGAACGCCGGGCGAGCCAAGCAUACCGCCGGAGGACAAAAAGCCUACGACGCUCUCGCAGAGGGAGACGGCCAAUUCAGUAGAAUGGUCAUGUGA